AUUUUUUUCUUAUAUUUAACCAGAGGUAUUUGUGCUUUUAUUUCAAUUUUAUUUUUAUUGUUGGAAUGGGAAAAGGUUUUCCGGGAUGUGCGGCUGUUGGUUGCACUAAUAAUUAUGGAAAUAAUUCAAAAUAUAGUCUGUUUAUUUUUCCUCGAGAUGAAAAAAGAGCGAAGAUGUGGGCGAUCGCCGCAGGAAGAAACGACUUGCUUGAAUCUGUGCACAAAUUAUUUAAAAAAAGAUUAUGUUCUGCCCAUUUUGAAGAACGUAUGUAUAAAAAUGAACGCCGAAAUAGACUGAGUGAUACUGCGGUACCCACAAUUUUUCGUGCAUUGGAAGGAUCAUCGAGUAAAGCCCUGAAAUCAGAGCAAGGGAUAAAAAGACCGUUGCAAUCUCAACAAGAGAAGGUGGUUCCUGCUACAGUAGUAAAAGUUACAAAUGAUGAGCGCAUAAUUAUUGCCGAGCCAAGUUGUUUAAAUCUCAAAGUUAAAUCAGAAACUGUUACACUGGAGGACAAAAUAGAAGAACCGAAGACUCUUGGGGGGAUUAUUUCAAGCUGCUAUUGUGCUAGUGAAAUUCGAAAAAAAAAUCCACAAUCUUCAGAAACACGCCAAUCUGAGCGCAUAACUAUUGAAUCAAUUUGUGCAAAUCUCGGAGAAAAAUCAGAAACUGUUAUUCUGGAAAGCAAAAUAGAAGAACCGAAAACUCCUGAAAGAAAUAUUUCAAGCUGCUUGUCUGAUGUUCAAGAAUGCAAGACAAGAUGGCGAAGCCUACGAGACCUCUACCAUCGCAAAAAGAAAGAUCAAAAAAUGGGGAAAAAGAUUAGAUCACCUUGGGAGUAUAUGGAACAUAUGGCUUUUCUUGAGGAUUUUACCACAGAGAAAAAGUAA